AGCUCUGCCCAAGAGGUGCUCCCAAGGCCUCUGUGCCAAGGGCCCUUCGGCCAGCAGGGGUGGGGGUGGAGACCCAGUGCAGCGAUGGGCCCCCCACCCGAGAUCCGAAGUUCUACAACUGCUUGUUGUGCCUCGGUUCUAGAAGGCUGCCUCUGGAAUGCCUGGGCCAGCCGGUCACUGUGGAAACUCCUCUGUCCAGAGCAACAAGGAACCCCUUGGACUGCCACUCCUUGUGCUUGGCCAGUGGCAGCACCCACCCACCCAGAAGAUGAGAAAGGCACCGUGCUAAGAAGGACCCACACGCUGUGCUUGUCCCCCUUGCAGAGCUGAUGUGUUUGUCUGAACUGUGCUUCUGCCGGCCUCUCCCCCAGCCCUGCGGCAGCCCCUCCUCCAGCAGCCCCCUCAGCCCGGCCGCCGGGCCAUCCCCUCCUGGGCCAGUUCGGGGCCAUGAAGAGCUUCUCGAAGCGCGAGGCCGACAGGAGGACGUUCUUGGAACAGGUCCGGGAAAGCAAGGAGAAUGGCUACCUCCUCUCUUCCAAAAAAAUCGGGUCGGGGGCUUUCUCCAAAGUCUAUCUGGGUUACGCCACCCAGGAGAAAAUGAUGCAGAACUACAAGCUGGCUUCAGACCUCAGGAAUAAGCGGCACUCUAUGGUUGCUAUAAAGAUAAUUUCAACAGCAGAGGCACCUGUGGAAUACACCAAAAAGUUCCUUCCAAGAGAAAUCUACUCCCUGAAUGUUACUUACAAGCACCUAAAUGUGAUCCAGCUCUACGAGAUGUAUCGGAACAGCAAGCGCACCUACCUGGUGCUGGAGUUGGCCUCCCGGGGGGACCUCCUGGAGCACAUCAACGCCACAUCUGACCGGAGGGAGUACCCUGGCCUGGAGGAGGAGGAGGCACGCAGGCUUUUCCGACAGAUUGUCAGCGCUGUUGCCCAUUGUCACAAUGUUGGCAUUGUCCACAGAGAUUUGAAGUGUGAGAACAUUUUAUUGGAUGAACGUGGCUUCAUUAAACUGACAGAUUUUGGCUUUGCCAACCGCUACUCCUUGAAGAAUUCACUGAUGAGCACCUUCUGUGGCUCUGUGGCCUACACCGCCCCCGAGAUCCUCAUGAGCAAGAAAUACAAUGGGGAGCUGGCUGACCUAUGGAGCCUUGGGGUCAUCCUCUACGCCAUGGUGACAGGGAAGCUCCCCUUCAAGGAGCGCCAGCCACACAAGAUGAUCCACGUCAUCAAGCAAGGCCUCGCCUUCCGGCAGCCGAUCUCGCCAGAAUGCCAGAAUCUCAUCGAGGGCCUGUUGCAGCUGAAGCCAGCGGCCCGCCUGGGGUUGCAGCAGGUGGCCACGCACCGCUGGAUGCUCCCGGCUACCUCGGCCAUCUUCCACCGGGUGAUGAGCUCCAUGGGAGUCCAUCCGGAGUGCUCCCUGGGCCAAGAAAAGCCUCAGACGGCACCAGGCGAGGUCGGCGGCCCCUCGGCCCAGCUGCCGGACCUCGAGAGCCCCGCCAAGAGCCCGGCCGAGGGCCCGGCCAAGGAGAGCAAGGUCCUGCCGCCCGCGCGCGCCUCCUCGGCCGCGGGGGCCUUCCCGCCCCGGGCCAAGGCCGAGAAGAAGAGCCCGCCGGUCACGCCGGCCAACUGCGUGCUGCAGCUGCCCUCGCCGCGCAAGACGGAGCGCCCGCCGCGCCUCUCGCUCUACCGGCCCAGCCUGCUGACCAGCCUGCAGCCCUUCCACCACCUGCCCAACUUCCGCAAGCCCGGCUCGGGCUUCUCGGCCAGCGCCUACGUGACCAGCAAGCGGCUCGGGGAGAAGGCGCCCGCCCGCGCCGCCGGCCUGGGCAGCGCCUCGGCCAGCCUCUCCAAGCAAGUGCACUCCCUCUACAGCAUGACGCCCUGCCCGUGAGGCGCCCCCGACGCCCGGCCCGCUCGCCGCGGCAGCC